UACUUUCUACCGAACUCCAAUCAAGAUGGGCAUAGGCUGGGGGGUACGAAUACCACUAUGGAUACCAAUAUUAGUGAUCACCUUUAUGCAGAACAAAGUCAAAGCACAAUAUGAGGACCAACAAGCAAAUUAUGAUGACUAUAAUUAUGUCCAGCAGGGACAAGACUAUUUUUCUGUACCAGUAACUAAACCACAAGAAGUGACAAUCAUCCAACCACUGAGAACAACACUGCCCAUAAAGCCUGGCAACCCUGCUCACAAUGGACGUGUGUGCAGCACCUGGGGAAACUUCCACUUCAAGACCUUUGAUGGGGACAUCUUUCACUUCCCUGGGCUCUGCAACUAUGUCUUUGCAUCCCACUGCAAAUCUGCCUACGAGGACUUCAACAUCCAGAUCAGGCGCACUGUGCUGGAAAGCUCUCCUGUGAUCAGCCAUAUCACCCUGAAGCUUGACGGAAUGGUGAUUGAACUGACCUCAGACUCCAUUGUGGUCAAUGGCAACCCAAUUCAGCUGCCUUUCAGCCAGUCAGGAAUUCUGAUAGAGAGAAUUAGCGAAUAUUUGAAAAUCACUGCCAAGAUGGGCAUGGUCUUCAUGUGGAACCAACUGGAUGGCCUUCUGGUGGAACUGGAUAAGAAAUAUGCCAAUCAGACCUGUGGGCUUUGUGGGGACUUCAAUGGCAUUCCAAUUUACAAUGAGUUCACAUCAAACAGCAUCGAGCUGACUGAUGUGCAGUUUGGGAAUAUGCAGAAGAUGGAUGGACCCACAGAGCAAUGCGAGGAUCCUACAUCUUCUUCUCUUUCAAACUGCUCUAAUGAAUUUAGUGCUACCUGCCAGACAGUAUUGACUGGGGAAGCAUUUGUGAGCUGCAAUGCACUGGUGGACGUUCAAGACUAUAUUGACUCUUGCGUACAAGACUUGUGCCGCUGUGAUGAGUCUAUGCGUGAUUUCUGCAUCUGUAACACCUUUGCUGAAUACUCCCGGCAGUGCGCCCAUGCUGGUGGACAACCUCUGAACUGGAGAACUAAAGAACUGUGCAACAAGACAUGCCCUUAUAACAUGCAGCACGAGGAAUGUGGCUCCCCCUGUGCUAACACCUGCACCAAUCCUGAAAGGUCAGCCCUCUGUGAAGAUCACUGUACCGAUGGCUGCGUCUGCUCGCCAGGAACCGUGUUUGAUGACAUUAACAGCUCUGGCUGUAUCCCUGUCAGCGAGUGCCCCUGUACCUACAAAGGUGAAACGUAUAGUCCAGGUGCUUCUUUUGCAUCCCAGUGCACUUCAUGUAACUGUACUGGAGGCCAGUGGAGUUGUGUCAGCCAUUCCUGCCCUGGGACUUGCUCCAUUGAAGGAGGUUCUCACAUCUCCACAUUUGAUGAGAAACGUUAUUCCUUCUUUGGAGAUUGUAGCUAUAUCCUGACGAAGCUCUGUGACAGUGAUGCCUUCACUGUUCUAGGAGAAGUCCGCAAAUGUGGCCUAACCGACACUGAGACAUGCCUGAAAGGUGUAGCCAUCAGCAUAAGUGGAGGACAAACUAUUGUUGUGAUCAAAUCUUCUGGCAGCGUGUUUGUGAAUACGAUCUACACCCAGUUGCCAUUCUCUGCAGCCAAUGUCACUAUCUUCAGGCCGUCAUCAUUCUUCAUCCUUGUACAAACAAACUUUGGGCUUCAGGUUCAGAUGCAGCUUGUACCCAUCAUGCAACUCUUUGUAAACGUGGACCCGUCCCACAAAGGGCAGACAUGUGGUCUUUGUGGAAACUUCAACAAUAUCCAAACAGAUGACUUCAAAGCCACAAGUGGCAUAGUGGAAGGAACAGCAGCUGCUUUUGCCAAUACCUGGAAAACCCAGGGUGACUGCCCUGAUGUCAAAAACAUCUUUGAGAAUCCCUGUACCCUCAGCAUAGAAAAUGAAAAAUAUGCUCAGCACUGGUGUGGACUGCUGACUGAUACUCAAGGACCUUUUGCUGAAUGCCACUCAACAGUGAAUCCAGAUGUUUACCACACGAACUGUCUGUUUGACACCUGUAACUGUGAAAAGAGUGAGGAUUGUAUGUGUGCUGCCCUCUCUACCUAUGUCAAAGCCUGUGCUGCCAAAGGAGUCCUGUUGAAUGGAUGGAGGACCAAUGUCUGCACCAUAACCUCGUGCCCCAAAUCCCUGACGUACAGCUACGUUGUCAAUUCCUGCCAACCCACUUGCCGAUCUUUGAGUGAGCCCGAUGUCACAUGCAACAUCAAGUUCACUCCAGUUGAUGGCUGUACCUGUGCAAAUGGAACUUACAUGGAUGAAAAUGGCAAAUGUGUGCCUGCUACUAGCUGUCCUUGUUAUUACAAAGGAUCUGUGCUACCUUCUGGAGAGGUUGUUCACGACAAUGGUGUCAUAUGCUCUUGCACACAUGGAAAGCUGGACUGUGUUAGAGUGAAACCAGAACCAGUCUGUGCAGCUCCCAUGGUCUACUUUGACUGCAACAAUAUCACCGCAGGCACAAUUGGAUCCGAGUGCCAGAAGAGCUGUCAGACUCUUGACAUGGGAUGCUACAGCACACAGUGCGUCUCUGGCUGCGUGUGCCCUAAUGAUCUAGUGUCAGAUGGCAAAGGUGGCUGUGUACCUGUUGGGGAAUGUCCAUGUGUUCACAAUGAGGCCUCCUACCAUCCAGGAGAAACAAUCAAAGUCAACUGUAACACCUGCACUUGUAAAAACAGAAUGUGGCAAUGCACCAAUGAAUCUUGCCUGGCAACCUGCUCUGUUUAUGGAGAUGGUCAUUACAUUACUUUUGAUGGCAAACGCUUCAGCUUUAGUGGAGGUUGUGAAUACACACUGGUCCAGGAUUACUGUGGUAAGAACAGUACCAGUCUUGGAACCUUCCGAGUUAUCACAGAGAACAUGCCCUGUGGAACCACUGGGACCACCUGCUCAAAGGCCAUUAAAGUCUUCCUAAGGAACUGUGAACUAGUAUUCAGUGAUGGAAAGUUUGAAGUGAUAGAGAAGGUCCGUGGAGGGGAAGUACCAUACGAGGUCCGUUACAUGGGCAUCUACAUGGUGAUUGACACUGACGCUGGACUGACUCUCAUGUGGGAUAAGAAAACCAGCAUAUUCAUGAAGCUCAGCCCAGAUUUUAAGGGUCAGGUCUGUGGCCUGUGUGGGAACUACGAUGGCAAUGGCAUUAAUGACUUUACCACCAGAAGUCAGUCUGUGGUAGAAGAUGUUCUGGAGUUUGGAAACAGCUGGAAGGUGUCUCCUACUUGCCCAGAUGCCAAGAGCAACAAGAAUCCUUGCCGUGCAAACCCUUACAGGAACUCUUGGGCCCAGAAGCAGUGCAGCAUAAUCAACAGCAAAGUAUUCUCUGCCUGUCACUCUCAGGUUGAACCAAAUGAAUAUUAUGAAGCAUGUGUGAGUGAUGCAUGUGCCUGUGACACUGGGGGAGAUUGUGAAUGUUUCUGUACAGCAGUAGCUUCAUAUGCUCAAGCAUGUAAUGAGGCUGGCAUUUGUGUUGCAUGGAGAACCCCAUCUAUCUGUCCUCUGUUCUGUGAUUACUACAACCCGCAAGGAGAAUGCGAGUGGCACUACAAGCCUUGUGGGUCCCCUUGUAUGAAGACCUGCAGGAACCCAAGUGGAAAAUGCCUUCAUGAGUUACAAGGCUUGGAAGGCUGCUAUCCAAAGUGUCCAGAGAACAAGCCCUAUUUUGAUGAAGAUGAUAUGGAGUGUGUCGAUCACUGUGGCUGUUACGAUACCAAGGGAAAAUAUUACAAGCCAGGGACACCCAUUCGUUCAGAAGAGAACUGUCAAUCAUGUGAAUGCACAAUGAAUGGCAUUAAGUGUGAAUAUGAUGAAUAUGAAUGCCACUGCACAUAUGAUGGAAAGCAAUAUGAGUAUGAGGAUGUCAUCUACAACACUACAGAUGGUACUGGCGGGUGUAUCAUUGCAACUUGUGGUCACAAUGGAACAAUUGAUAGAAAAGUCUAUGCAUGUUCUACACCCUUAACCACAACACCAUUUUCAUUUUCCUCUUCAACACCUAUAUCCACCACUACAGUGACACCAACUACAUCAGUCUGUGUUCGUGAAGUAUGCCAGUGGUCACAAUGGUAUGAUAUGAGCUAUCCAGGGUCUGGGAUCAACGAUGGAGAUUUCGAAACAUUUGAUAAUUUAAGAGCCAAAGGUUACAAAGUUUGCAAAGCUCCAAAGGCUGUUGAAUGCAGAUCUGAGAAGUUCCCUAACACACCAUUAAGUGAACUAGAGCAAAAAGUAGAAUGUAGUACAACAAUGGGACUAAUAUGUUAUAAUAAGGAUCAGCAUCAAAUGAUCUGCGACAACUUCCAGAUAAAAAUAUUAUGCUGUAGCUUUGUACCAUGUGAAUAUACAACUCCUGCUACCACAACACCUGCAGAGACUACAAUAUCCAUCACAAAAACGACCACUUCAGAAACUACUGUAACCAGUAUACCUUCAACAACUACAGCACUACCUACCACCACAGAACCUAAAACAACUACUCUUUCAACAAGUACCAUGACCUCCAAAACUCCUUCAACAACUCCAGUCACAGAAACAAGUGUGUCAACUUCAACUCUUAGAACCACAGCUCCAUCAACAACAAUCCCUGAAACAACUGCUAGCCCUUCAACAGAAACUGUAUAUACUACAGGAGAAAUCACAUCCAUAACACCUUGUAAAUCAAAAUGCAAAUGGUCUGAAUGGCAUGAUGUCCAUUUUCCCAGCCUGGACAAUAAAGGAGAUUCUGAAACAUAUGAUGAUAUUAGAGCAGCAGGAAAAGUGAUCUGCAGCAAACCUGAAAAUAUAGAAUGUCGAGCCGAGAAAUUCCCAGAAAAAUCAAUUGAUAACAUUGAACAAAUUGUCCAGUGCAAUGUAUCCUUUGGACUUAUCUGCAGGAAUGAAGAUCAGGAAGGAGUGCUCCAAAUGUGUUAUAACUAUCAAAUAAAAGUAUUGUGCUGUGAUGAUUUUAGUCAUUGCCCAUCCACAUCCACUACUACAGAAACAACAACAACUGCAGGCAUAACUAUUGUUUCAACAGAACCUUCCACCCAGACUCCUACAACUACAGAAACUACAACUUCAGCCAUAAGAACUAUACCUUCAACCACCACCACAACGGAAACCACAACCAAAGAAGUUAAAACAACUACUCCUUUAACAACCACCCCUAUCGAAACUACAACAAUCACAACUACACCUUUCACUACCACAACCACAGAAACUACAACUACUCCAGGCACACCCAUUGUUUCAACAGAAACUUCCACCCAGACUCCUACAACUACAGAAACUACAACUGCAACCAUAAGAACUACACCUUCAACCACCACAACAGAAACCACAACCAAAGAAGUUAAAACAACUACUCCUUUAACAACCACCCCUAUCGAAACUACAACAAUCACAACUACACCUUUCACUACCACAACCACAGAAACUACAACUACUCCAGGCACACCCAUUGUUUCAACAGAAACUUCCACCCAGACUCCUACAACUACAGAAACUACAACUUCAACCAUAAGAACUACACCUUCAACCACCACCACAACAGAAACCACAACCAAAGAAGUUAAAACAACUACUCCUUUAACAACCACCCCUAUCGAAACUACAACAAUCACAACUACACCUUUCACUACCACAACCACAGAAACUACAACUACUCCAGGCACACCCAUUGUUUCAACAGAAACUUCCACCCAGACUCCUACAACUACAGAAACUACAUCAACAGUAGGAACUACACAUUCAUCCACCACCAGCAUAGAAACUACAGCAGUCACAACUACACCUUUCACUGCCACAACCACACAAACAACAACAACCACAGGUACUACACCCAUGACAACUCCUCAAACUACUACUACAAUACCAACCACUAGUCCAAUAACCUCAACACCAAUUCUGGACACUUUUACAACUACAGCUACUUCAUCAACCAAUACUCAAACCACCACCACCGAGUUUACCACAAUAGUAAAUAAAACCACUACACCAACAACCACUGAAAUCACCACGGCUGCAACUGCUACACCUAUUUCAACAACAAAACCUACAUCAUCAAUAACAGUAACAACUACUCCAGCAAUAACCACAAUCUCAGAAACUACAACAGCUGUGACAACUGUUUCUCUAACAACUGCUGGUUGUAUUAAAGAACUAUGUGAAUGGUCACAAUGGUAUGAUAUAAGUUACCCAGGGUCUGCUAUCAAUGAUGGAGAUUUUGAUACAUUUAAGAAUAUAAGGGCCAAAGGAUACAAAGUAUGCAAAGCUCCAAAGGCUGUGGAAUGCAGAGCAGAAAGAUUCCCUAACAUACCAUUGAAUGAGCUGGAGCAAAAUGUAAUAUGCAGUAAAACAGAAGGGCUGAUAUGUUAUAAUAAGGAUCAACUUCCACCAAUCUGCUAUAAUUACCAGAUCAAAAUUGAAUGUUGCCGAAAUGUAAUUGUAUCAUGCCCACCAACCACCCCAGCCACUACAACAACAGUAACAACCACUCCAGCCACUACCUCAAUUGUAACAACUACCCCAGCCACUACAACAACAGUAACAACCACCCCAGCCACUACCCCAAUUGUAACAACUACCCCAUCCACUACUCCAAUGGUAAAAACCACCUCAGCAACUACAAUGACAGUAACUACCAUCACAACAAUAUUAACAACCACUCCAACCAUUACCCCAAUAGGAACAACCACCUCAACUACUACCCCAAUAGAAAGAACCUCCUCAGCCACUACCCCAAUAGUAAAAACCACCCCAGCCACAACAACAACAGUAACAACCACUCCAGCCACUAAAAUGGCAGUAACAACCACCCCAGCCACAACAACGACAGUAACAACCAGGACAACAGCAACCACAAAAAAAAUUAUAACCCAAAUAAAGACAACUAAUACACCUCGAACAGAAUCUAUACAAAAAGAAACGACUCAAGGAACAUCAAGUACAACUAAAGAAACAACACUGGUGAGUAAAACAACACCAGAAAGAACUCCAGUCACAACAACAUCAACAAUCUCCACAACACUGCCAACUACCACAACUGUAGAAACCACAACUAUUGAAGCUACCCAAAGCACAACCACUACAGGUAGCACCACUCUACCUACCACAGAAAUCCCCACAACAUCGCCAAAACCCACAACUCCAGGAACAACCACUUCCUCCACUACAAAGUGUCAACCAAUAUGCACAUGGUCCAAAUGGUUUGAUGUAGAUUUUCCCGCUUCUGGACCUAAAGAAGGAGACACUGAAACCUAUAACAACAUAAGGGCAGCAGGAGGGAAAAUCUGCGCAAAGCCUGCAAAUAUUGAGUGUAGGGCAGAAAACCACCCAGACAUAAGCAUCGAGGAUGUUGGUCAAAUUGUGCAGUGCGAUGUCAAUUUUGGGCUUUUGUGCAAAAAUGAGGAUCAAAUUGGUAAAUUUAAAAUGUGUUUGAAUUACGAGGUACGUGUUUUGUGCUGUGAAGAAAACCUUAACUGCCCAACCCCAUCCAGAAGUAUUGCAACCACAACUAUACGUACACCACCAACUACAGUCACAAAAACCACCAUUGAAGUCACAACUUCUACGAAACCACCAGGCACAGAAACACCAGGAACUACCACUGCUGAAACAACUUCAAUCACUACACCUAAAACAACAACCAGAAGCACAACGGGCACCACCUCUCUGCCUACCAAAGAAAUAACCACAACAUCAACGAUCUCCACAACACUGCCAACUACCACAUCUGUAGAAACCACAACUAGUGAAGCAACCCAAAACACAACCACUACAGGUACCACCACUCUGCCUACCACAGACAUCCCCACAACAUCGCCAAUACUCACAACUCCAGGAACAACCACUUCCUCAACUACAAAGUGUCAACCAAUAUGCACAUGGUCCAAAUGGUUUGAUGUCGAUUUUCCCGCUUCUGGACCAAAAGAAGGAGAUAUUGAAACCUAUAACAACAUAAGGACAGCAGGAGAGAUAAUCUGCGCAAAGCCUGCAAAUAUUGAGUGUAGGGCAGAAAACCACCCAGACAUAAGCAUCGAGGAAGUUGAUCAAAUUGUGCAGUGCGAUGUCAAUUUUGGGCUAGUGUGCAAAAAUGAGGAUCAAAUUGGUAAAUUUAAAAUGUGUUUGAAUUACGAGGUACGUGUUUUGUGCUGUGAAGCAAACCUUAACUGCCCAACCCCAACCAGAAGUACUGCAACCACAACUAUACGUACACCACCAACUACAGUCACAAAAAGCACCAUUGAAGUCACAUCUUCUACUAAACCAUCAGGCACAGAAACACCAGGAACUACCACUGCUGAAAAAACUCCAAUCACUACACCUAAAGCAACCAGAAGCACAACGGGCACCACCUCUCUGCCUACCAAACAAAUAACCACAACGUCAACAAUCUCCACAACACUGCCAACUACCACAUCCAUAGAAGCCACGACUAGUGAAGCAACCCAAAGCACAACCACAACAGGUACCACCACUCUGCCUACCACAGAAAUCCCCACAACAUCGCCAAUACCCACAACUCCAGGAACAACCAUUUCCUCCACUACAAAGUGUCAACCAACAUGCACAUGGUCCAAAUGGUUUGAUGUAGAUUUUCCCGCUUCUGGACCAAAAGAAGGAGAUAUUGAAACCUAUAACAACAUAAAGGCAGCAGGAGGGAUAAUCUGCGCAAAGCCUGCAAAUAUUGAGUGUAGGGCAGAAAACCACCCAGACAUAAGCAUCGAGGAGGUUGGUCAAAUUGUACAGUGCGAUGUCAAUUUUGGGCUUAUGUGCAAAAAUGAGGAUCAAAUUGGUAAAUUUAAAAUGUGUUUGAAUUACGAGGUACGUGUUUUGUGCUGUGAAGAAAACCUUAUCUGCCCAAUCCCAACCAGAAGUACUGCAACCACAACUAUACGUACACCACCAACUGCAGUCACAAAAACCACCAUUGAAGUCACAACUUCUACUAAACCACCAGGCAAAGAAACACCAGGAACUACCACUGCUGAAACAACUCCAAUCACUACACCUCAAAUAACAACCAGAAGCACAACGGGCACCACCCCUCUGCAUACCAAAGAAAUAAUCACAACGUCAACAAUCUCCACAACACUGCCAACUACCACAUCCGUAGAAGCUACGACUAGUGAAACAACCCAAAGCACAACCACAACAGGUGCCACCACUCUGCCUACCACAGAAAUCCCCAUAACAUCGCCAAUACCCACAACUCCAGGAACAACCACUUCCUCCACUACAAAGUGUCAACCAAUAUGCACAUGGUCCAAAUGGUUUGAUGUCGAUUUUCCCGCUUCUGGACCUAAAGAAGGAGAUAUUGAAACCUAUAACAACAUAAGGGCAGCAGGAGGGAUAAUCUGUGCAAAGCCUGCAAAUAUUGAGUGUAGGGCAGAAAACCACCCAGACAUAAGCAUCGAGGAGGUUGGUCAAAUUGUGCAAUGCGAUGUCAAUUUUGGGCUUAUGUGCAAAAAUGAGGAUCAAAUCGGAAAAUUUAAAAUGUGCUUGAAUUACGAGGUACGUGUUUUGUGCUGUGAAGCAAACCUUAACUGCCCAACCCCAACCAGAAGUACUGCAACCACAACUAUACGUACACCACCAACUGCAGUCACAAAAACCACCAUUGAAGUCACAACUUCUACUAAACCACCAGGCAAAGAAACACCAGGAACUACCACUGCUGAAACAACUCCAAUCACUACACCUCAAACAACAACCAGAAGCACAACAGGCACCACCUCUUUGCCUACCAAAGAAAUAACCACAACAUCAACCAUCUCCACAACACUGCCAACUACCACAUCCGUAGAAGCCACAACUAGUGAAGCAACCCAAAGCACAACCACUACAGGUAGCACCACUCUACCUACCACAGAAAUCCCCACAACAUCGCCAAUACCCACAACUCCAAGAACAACCACAUCCUCCACUACAAAGUGUCAACCAACAUGCACAUGGUCCAAAUGGUUUGAUGUCGAUUUUCCCGCUUCUGGACCUAAAGAAGGAGACAUUGAAACCUAUAACAACAUAAGGGCAGCAGGAGAGAUAAUCUGCGCAAAGCCUAUAAAUAUUGAGUGUAGGGCAGAAAACCACCCAGACAUAAGCAUCGAGGAGGCUGGUCAAAUUGUGCAGUGCGAUGUCAAUUUUGGGCUUAUGUGCAAAAAUGAGGAUCAAAUUGGUAAAUUUAAAAUGUGCUUGAAUUACGAGGUACGUGUUUUGUGCUGUGAAGAAAACCUUAACUGCCCAACCCCAACAAGAAGUAUUGCAACCACAACUAUACGUAAACCACCAACCACAGUCACAAAAACCACCACUGAAGUCACAACUUCUACUAAGCCACCAAGCACAGAAACACCAGGCACUACCACUGCUGAAACAACUCCAAUCACUACACCUCAAACAACAACAAGAAGGACACCAGGCACCACCUCCCUGCCUACCAAAGGAAUAACCACAACGUCAACCAUCUCCACAACACUGCCAACUACCACAUCCGUAGAAACCAUAACUAGUGAAGCAACCCAAAGCACAACCACUACAGGUAGCACCACUCUACCUACCACAGAAAUCCCCACAACAUCGCCAAGACCCACAACUCCAAGAACAACCACUUCCUCCACUACAAAGUGUCAACCAACAUGCACGUGGUCCAAAUGGUUUGAUGUCGAUUUUCCCUCUUCUGGACCUAAAGAAGGAGACAUUGAAACCUAUAACAACAUAAGGGCAGCAGGAGAGAUAAUCUGCGCAAAGCCUGCAAAUAUUGAGUGUAGGGCAGAAAACCACCCAGACAUAAGCAUCGACCAAAUCGGUCAAGUCGUGCAGUGUAAUGUCAAUUUUGGGCUGAUGUGCAAAAAUGAGGAUCAAAUCGGUAAAUUUAAAAUGUGUUUCAACUAUGAGAUACGUGUUUUGUGCUGUGAAGAAAAUAUAAAUUGUCCUGAAACAACCUCAAUUUUGCCAACAACGCCCACACGAGUAACCACGCCAAUUAUCGCAAGUACACAAACAGAAACAACAGAAGUAACCAUGAGAACUACUCACUGCUUUUGCCGAAUUGAGGACACUGUUUAUGUACCUGGUGAAAUGAUUUACAAUGAAACAGACAAGGAUGGAUGUAAUUUUUAUGCCAUUUGUAGUAAAAAUUGUUCAGUGGAGCGAUUUAAGGGACCAUGUAAAUCAACAACUCCAGCAACACCUACACCUAUACCUACAACGUCAACCUCUAUACCAACUAUGACUCCCACUGCAACAGUUAGUUCAACCACUAAAAUUGAGUGUCCUGAUGCUAAACCUCCCAGAAAGACAGGUGAAACAUGGAAGAUAUCCAACUGUACCACUGCAACUUGCGAGGGUAAUAACAAAGUUGUUAUACAGAAAGUGGAAUGCCCACCUGUCAAGAAAAUUACUUGCGCCAACAGAUACCCACCAGUAAAGGUCUUCAGUGAGGAUGGCUGCUGUUACCACUAUGAAUGUGAAUGUGUCUGUAGUGGCUGGGGUGACCCUCACUACAUUACAUUUGAUGGAAUCUAUUACACAUUCCUUGACAACUGCACAUAUACCCUGGUGAAGCAGAUUACCCCUAAAUAUGACAACUUCCGUGUUGACAUUGACAAUUACUUCUGCAAUGCGGAAGAUGGACUUUCCUGUCCUCAGUCCAUUAUUGUUUAUUACAAGUACACAGUGGUAGUGCUGACACGUGAACUCUCUAAUGGAGUGAUGGCUAAUAAGAUUAUCUUCAAUAAAAAAGUUGUCAACCCAGGCUUCCAGAAAGAUGGCAUUUCUAUUUACAUGCUUGGCAUCAACAUGGUUGUUGAAAUACCUGAGAUUGGAGCAACCAUCAGCUUCAGCGGGUUGAUCUUCUCAGUGAAACUCCCAUUCAGCAAAUUUGGCAAUAACACUGAAGGACAGUGUGGUACAUGCACAAACACCAAAACAGAUGACUGCCGCUUGCCAAGUGGUAAAAUUAUUUCUUCUUGUACCCAAAUGGCUCCCCAUUGGAAGGUUGAUGAUGGCAAAAAGCAAUACUGUGUAGGAACACCAACAGCAACACCAGAACCCAGCAUCCCAACUCCAGCUCCCAGCUGUCCCCCGUCUGCUCUUUGCAAGAUAAUUUUGAGCGAAGUCUUUGAAGAAUGCCACAAGGUGAUACCACCACAAGAUUUUUACAAGGGCUGUGUCUUUGAUGCAUGUCACAUGACCAAUACAUCCAUGCAGUGUUCCAGCUUGGAGAUAUAUGCCACUCUGUGUGCCACUAGAGGUGUUUGUGUUGACUGGAGAGGAGAGACCAAAGGCAAAUGCCCAUAUAACUGUCCAGUGGGCAAAGUGUAUAAACCAUGUGGGCCUCCUAAUCCUGCUACAUGUGAUUCAAGAGCUAUUCAAUACAAUAGCGCUGGCCUAACUGAAGGAUGUUUCUGCCCUGAAGGAGAGUUUCUCUUCAAUGAAAACAGCGGUGUCUGUGUCUCUGAUUGUCGUAACUGUAUAGGACCAGAUGGACUGCCCAAAUUACCCGGAGACCAGUGGAAAAGCAAUUGCCAAGACUGUGUUUGUGACCAGUACACUUUUACAGUGCAGUGUACAAAGCGCCCAUGUAAACCACUCCCACCAGUCUCUUGUGAUGACCCAGGGUUUGUACCUGUCCAGACGCUGACACAAGAAGACCCAUGCUGUGGCCAGACUGAAUGCCGAUGUGACACUAGCAAGUGCCCCGAAUCAGUGGCCAGUUGUCAACCAGGAUAUAAAUUAAUCCCAGAAGUAUUAAAUGGAAAUUGUUGUACUAUCUUCACUUGUAAGCUAAUACCAGGCUGUGUAACCAAUGGAACUUUCUACAUGCCAGGAGCUGUCAUUCCAAAAGGUACCUGUGAAAAGUGCACAUGUUCUGCCAAAGUAGAGCCAGAAAGUCAGAGAAACAUUGUUGACUGCCAGCCCAUUCCAUGUGACACAGGGUGCCCAGUGGGCUAUGAAUAUAAGAUGAAAACUGGACAAUGCUGUGGCGAGUGUGUACAGGACGCUUGUGUACUGAAGAUGGAGGAUAACACAGUCCAUGUGCUUAAGGCUGGAGAAGUCUGGCAUGAGCUUGGUAAUAACUGUACCUUCUAUAAAUGUGAACAAAUUGAGGAUCAGUUUAUUCCUGUCACUGUAAGGAAAAUCUGUCCACCCAUGUACCCAGAAAACUGCAAUCCUGCUGAUAUCAAGCUAAGUGAAGAUGGCUGCUGCAAAACAUGCAUACCACAGGAAAAAGUAUCUUGUAGCCUGCAUAGUACUCCCACUGUCAUCAGACACAAUGAAUGCAACUCUUCUGUGCCUGUGGAACUAACAUACUGCGAAGGCAACUGCGAUACUUCUUCAAAAUAUUCCCUUGAGGCGAAUGUGAUGCAACACAAGUGUAAGUGUUGUCAGGAGGUCAAGACCAGCAAAAGACAGGUGACCCUGAGCUGCCCUGAUGGAAGCACCACUGAUUACUCAUACAUCCAUGUGGAGCAAUGUGAUUGUGCAGGUACGGAGUGCAUCCCCCAAACCACUCCCACCACUCUAGCGCAGGAGCAGCAGCAGCAGCAACAGGAACAGGAACAGAUCCCCAGCAAAACGGGCAGUCUCAAAACCAGAAAAAUGAACCAAAACCAGCAAAAGUAGAAUAUAAACUGAAAUAAAUCUUUUCACAUUUUUUCCUAAUAAUAAACAAGUAUCCAAAGCAGCUAGAAUCUUGGACAUACGGAUGAAAUUCCUAUAUACAUGCUAGAAAUUUCUAUUUCCUAAUUAUUUCAACUUCCAUUAUCAACGGAUCUCAUUGCUUUGAGUGUCUUCUUUUAACUUGAGAGGUGCAGGAUUAGGAAAUCUUGAGGUUUGUUUUUUCUCAGUGGUGCUGUACUGUUUGACUGACAGCUUUUCUUUCAAUAGAGUGGGGUGAGUGGAACUAUACUCUAACUAUUUCCAUGGCACUUUUAGAAAGCCCUUGAUGUAAAUUAUAGUCUCUUUUUGGUUUGAAAUUUUCCCUGUGGUGAUUCUGAUACUGACUGCCCAAGGCCAACCAUAGAACAAACAUCACUGUGUCGUUAAUAAUUUUUCACUAGUCACGGUCAUUACACACCCACCUGACACUGACUAAUCAUUCCAUUGCAUUAGACAACUGUUAAAAUCUCUUUUGAUUCCAGUUCAGUUAGACAGUGUCAACAAUUCAAGUCCAGGAAAAACAGACUAUCGCUCUCACCUUCCUACCUUUUUGUUUGUUUGCUUGUUUGUUGUUUUAGCAUUAAAGAAAGUUUAGGUUGUAGAAACUGCAUUUUCUCAACUUCAAACUUUAAAGAUACUCGGGGAGUUUGUGGUGGUGUAGGAAAGGAAGGAAGGAAGGAAGAAACACUAUCAUAUAAGGCUGCUGCAGAAUAUCCUAUGUUUACAUGAGAUCAUCAGCAUAGUAAAUGUAUGAAAAUUUGGAUCUUUGUAUUAUUUGUUUUUGGUUAACUGUUUACAGAAGAAAUAUAUUUUUGCCAAAAGGGGUAUAUGAAGGAUUUUUGUAAACAAAAGUAAUAAUAAUAGUAAUAUAAAUUCCUUCCUAGGAAGCUGAGCUUUUUUUAAAAUGUUGUACCCUUGCUAUUUAUUUUGUUUCUGGGAAAAAUAAGUGCAUUGGACCAUUUCCCCCACAAUUAAUGUUGCCCCCAUUUUCUAGCAUCAGUGGGUAUCUGGUUGUGGGAUGUUUUCUUUUUCUAUUUUGUUUUGGGUUUUGUUUGUUUCUUAAGAGGAAAAAAAAAGUUAUGAUGAUUAAUAAACUUUUAGCAUUUUGCAA